GCGCCGAGCGGCAGAGUGGACGCCCGUGGGCUCGGCAGGAGUGGCCGUACCCUCGGCGGCGCCGCCAUGGACGCAGAGGCGGCGCGCAGCUAUUCUCUGGAGCAAGUUCAAGCUUUGUAUUCAUUUCCAUUUCAACAAAUGAUGGCAGAAGUUCCUAACAUGGCAGUCACGACUGGACAGCAGGUGCCAGCAGUAGCUCCUAACAUGACAACCGUGACUGAACAGCAGGUGCCCGCAGACGCUCCUGCCCAGGAACCUGCACCAGAAGCUCCAAAGAGAAGGAAAAGGAAACCCAGAGCAGCAGAGCCCCAGGAACCAGUGGAGACCAAAAAACCUGCUACGUCAAAGAAAUCCGGCAAGUCCACAAAAUCAAAAGAAAAGCAAGAGAAAAUCACAGACGCGUUUAAAGUGAAAAGGAAAGUGGACCGUUUCAACGGCGUCUCUGAGGCUGAGCUUCUGACCAAGACGCUUCCUGACAUUUUGACCUUCAAUCUGGAUAUUGUGAUCAUUGGCAUUAACCCGGGAUUAAUGGCUGCCUACAAAGGACAUCACUACCCUGGGCCUGGAAAUCACUUCUGGAAGUGUCUGUUCAUGUCCGGGCUGAGUGAGGUGCAGCUGAAUCACAUGGAUGACCACACCUUACCCGGGAAGUACGGCAUUGGAUUCACCAACAUGGUGGAACGGACGACGCCGGACAGCAAGGAUCUGUCUAGUAAAGAGUUCCGGGAAGGAGGGCGCAUCCUGGUGCAGAAACUGCAGAAAUACCAGCCACGAAUAGCGGUGUUUAAUGGAAAAUGUAUUUAUGAAAUUUUCAGUAAAGAAGUUUUUGGAGUAAAGGUUAAGAACUUGGAAUUUGGGCUUCAACCCCACAAGAUCCCAGACACAGAAACUCUGUGCUACGUCAUGCCGUCGUCCAGCGCCAGAUGUGCUCAGUUUCCCCGGGCCCAGGACAAAGUUCAUUACUACAUUAAGCUGAAGGACUUGAGAGACCAGCUGAAAGGCAUUGAACGCAACUCGGACAUUCAGGAAGUGCAGUAUACAUUUGACCUGCAGCUUGCG